UGACGUUUCUUUCAGGCAGAACAAUUUUAAGGAAGCACUACCUCGAUAGUGGGGAAGGGAAAGUGGAUGCGGACUGUGGUGCUAUAACCAGCACUCAAUCUCCUUCAACACAUUGAACCAGCUCUCCGGCACUGAAAAAAGAUAACCAUAUAAUUGCGUCCACAUAUUGACAUCUUCUGAAAUCAAAUGGCGUCCCCAAAACUUGUCACUGUUUUUGGUGCUACAGGCAACCAAGGCGGAUCUGUUGUCCGAUCGCUUCUUCGCAAUAGUGCGGCAUUCCGUGUCCGAGGAAUCACUCGUAACCCGACCUCCCCUAAGGCCAAGGAAUUGGUUAGGGCUGGCGUUGAGGUUGUUGGCGCAGAUGGAUUUAAGAAGGAGGAGUUAGUGAAAGCAUUCAAAGAUAGCUGGGCAAUAUUCGCUAAUACGAAUUCCGACGAUUCGGUGAGAGCUGCGCGGAAUCCAAUGGUCCAUUCAAAUUGAGGGUAUGGUAACAAUUAAAUCACUAGGCUUUUGAUGAUCCAAACGGUCCUACGGAAUUGGACCUUGGUCGCGUCAUUGUCGAUGCUGCAAAUGAGGUUGGCGUGGAACAUUUCGUGUACAGCUCCGCAGGCCAUAUCUAUGAAAUCACUAAAGGGGCUGUCAAAUUGGAUAUGAUGGACUGCAAAAAUAAAAUCGAACAGCUUGCUCGAAAUAGCCCCAAUAUCAAAAGUGUAACAGCUGUGUGCGCGGGCUGGUACUUCGAAAACUUUAUGUCCCCGUUCAUUGCAGAGGUGUUCGGCGGAUUCGCCCUUGAGACGGACUCUGAAAGUUAUGUCACUCUCUCGCAGCCUUUGGUUGGUGGCCCGGGCUUGGUUCCAUUUAUUUCAAUCGAGGAAGACUUCGGAGAUCUUGUCCACGGUGUUCUGCUGGACCCAGAAACCUGGGGCGGAAAAACCAUCCAAGGAAUUAGUCACUUAGCCACCUUUCCCGAGAUCACUGAGUCUUUCACCAAAGGUAUGGUUCUGUCCGUGAUAAUGAAAUCAUGUGGUACAUAGAUGCUAAUCAGAACCUCCUGAUUUCGGGUUUGCUUAGUUACGGGCAAAAAAUCCCGCUACGUUCCCAUAGAAACCGAACAAUUCCCUACCAUGGGCGGCAUUAGGGCACUCGAAAGUAUUAGGGACAUGUAUGUAUUUACACAAUGGGCUGGUGGUCGAUAUUUCGCGAAUAUGGAGUUUGAUGUUGAGCAGGCGAAGGCCCUUAAAAAAUCAGUUCAAGACGUGGUUGCUGCAGGAGAUCCCAAGCCAUUAAUGAGCUCUGAACAAUUUUUUGCUAAGAUGUUCAGCGGAGACAAACCUGAGUAAAUGUAUCAGUCGGUUAUUAGUUUGUUUGUUGCGAAGACACCAUAAAUUCGAGGAUUUGGAUU